UCCUUUAAGCCCUGCACUUUGCUCUCCGGCGAGGUAUAGAGAGAGAGAGAGAGAGAGAGAGAGAGAGAGAGAAGAAGGUUUAUGCCCAUUGAGAUGUCGAGCCGGAGGUCGAGGAUCACCGACGAGGAGAUCAACGAGCUCAUCUCCAAGCUGCAGUCUCUGCUCCCGGAGUCUCGCCGCAGGAGCAUGAGCAGGGCUUCAGCGUCCAAGUUGCUGAAGGAGACGUGCAGCUACAUCAAGAGCUUGCACCGCGAAGUGGACGACCUCAGCGACCGGCUCUCCGACCUGAUGUCGACGAUGGACUCCAACAGCCCGCAGGCUGAGAUCAUCAGGAGCAUUCUCAGGUCCUAGGUUGCGUCCAGCUACGGUCUAGUGUUGUUCUUGUGCCAUUUCAGGAAGCGUCGGUCAUAAAUGGUGUGCCAGCAAAGUGUGUUACAUGAAUUAGCAAGAGCAAUGCUAAACUCCUUGAAGCAAUCGUGCGAUCGUCUCCUUUUUAUCCUACAUUCUCUGGUCUGAGC